UUGACUGCGAGUCUAAACAAAGAAUCCCGUUUUCAGAGCCCACCUCCUUUACUGGUAUUCGAGAAGAAGACGGAGAUUCUCGCGAUUCAGGCUUUUGUACGUAAAGGACUGACUGACAAAACUAACACAGAUGUACAUAACCAGGAAUACAUUACAAGUAAAACCGUGAAACAACCAAUAGAGGAAUCGCCCAUAUCGAGUCGUCGACCACCACGUUUGCUUACACCAUCAAUGAUAUCGUCUGAUGACGGCGACAAAGAGAACGUACUGUCAGUAUCGAGUUUUGAAGAAACAGUCUUCGCAAGCAUAGAGACCACCUCGGCAGCGUCAAUAUCAUCAUUUUCGUGUGCCGAGUCAGAUAUCGUUUGGACUCCGGCAAAGGUUCGGUUGCCUGGCCAGCGUUCAGCAAGUGAAGAACGAACGACAAAAGUGGUAAAGAUAAGGAAACGAAUCACUGACAGUGCCCUCUCAGACAGUGGUGUCCAACGAAAGAGAUCCUGCGCCAUUCGGACCGACCUUCUUCAAAGUGAGAUCCACAUAGCACAAGAUGAUGUGUUCGAGGCUGAUGACUUCUCUCCAAACGUAUCACAUGCCAGCGAAUGCUCCAUGUCAUCUUCGCGGUCUUUAUCUCGAAGCUUCACGCGUACGCAAAGUACGGGCCAACUGGAAAUGGGAGAAUCUCAAAUGGGAUCGCCUAAGUUCGGACCGACUGUUGAGUAUUCGUUACCUGGCGUGGAACAUCCUCAGCGCGAAUCACUUGCUUUCCGAAGCAUAUCAGCUGAAACGUUAGCCUCAGAGAUACGGCGACUUGGACCAGAAGAGUUUGAACGUCGCUAUUUGCUCAUUGACUGCAGAUAUCCAUAUGAAUAUGAGGGUGGACAUGUCAAGUGUGCGAUCAAUGUUCACGACCAAAAUGAGCUAGAAGAUUUGUUCUUUCCCUGA